GGCCUGCUGGGAGCGCGGGAGUUUCGGUCCCUGGCUGUGGCGGACGCGGGGCCGACAUGUCCCGGGAGCGCGCGGUUCCCGCCAGCGCGCCUUCCCUGGACGAGCUCAGCGGCUGGCCGGAGGAGCUCUGCCGCCGCGAGCUGCCGUCCGUCCUGCCGCGGCUCCUCUCCAUGUAUCAACAGUCUGAAAGUUGGGUUGAGUCUAUUCAGAUUUUGAAAGUUAUUGUUAAGAUGUUUUUACCUCAUGUGAGCCAUCUGAUGCUGGAACAGACUUUCUUUUCACAAGCGUUACCAAAGACUGUGAAAUUAUUUGAUGACAUGAUGUGUGCCUUAACUAAUCAAGCCAAAGAAUUAUCAAGCCAAAAUUUGGAAAUCCAGACCACUCUAAGGAGUGUUUUACAGACAAUGGUACAAGUCUUAGAAGCCCUUACGGGAUGUGUUCAGCAUGUUUGUGCCACACAGGAAUCCAUCAUUCUAGAAAACAUUCAUAGUCUGCCCUCCUCAGCCCUUCAUGUAAUCAAAAGUACAUUCGUACAUUGUAAGAAUAGUGAGUCUGUGUAUUCUGGGCAUCUACACCUAGUGUCGGACCUUCUCCAGGCUCUUUUCAAGGAGGCCUAUUCUCUUCAGAAGCAGCUGAUGGAACUGCUGGACAUGGUUUAUGUGGAUCCCUCAGUAGAUGAGAGCGAUGACAUUUUGGAUAUGGUAAUUGUUCUUCAUUCAUUAUUGGAUAUCUGCUCCAUUAUUUCUAGUAUGGAUCAUGCAUUUCAUGCCAACACUUGGAAGUUUAUAAUUAAGCAGAGCCUUAAACACCAGUCGGUUUUAAAGAGCCAAUUGAAACACAGAGAUAUAAUUACUAGCUUGUGUGACGAUGUCCUUUUCUCCUUCCAUUCUUGUUUACAGUUAGCUGAGCAGAUGACACAGUCAGACACACAGGAUAAUGCUGACUACAAAUUAUUCCAAAAAACACUGAAGCUAUCUCGGUUCUUUGCCAACUCUCUUUUGCACUAUACCAAGGAAUUUCUUCCUUUUGUCUCUGAUUCCUGUGGUACUUUGCACCAACUUUAUCUUCAGAUUCACAGCAAGUUUCCUCCAAGCCUGUAUGCGAACAGGAUGUCGAAAGCACAGGAAGAGGAGAUAGCGGGAGCUUUCCUGGUGACACUGGAUCCGCUCAUCAGUCAGCUGCUCGCGUUGGAACCUUUUGUGCACACGGUUCUAGACGGUAACUUAGACCUGCCACCUGAACUACACUUGCCGCAGUGUCUCCUUCUGGUUGCUGUCCUGGAUAAACUGCCCUCUCAACCUCAGCAUGUGCAGACCCUGUGGUGCACAGAAAACCAGUCCUUGGAAACCACAACCAGAACAUCUCUAGUCAAAGCCAUCUUCUACAGUUUUGAGCAGUGUUCUGGUGAACUUUCACUGCCCGUCCAUUUAAGGGGAGUCAAGACUAAGGGGCAAGCUGAGGUAGCUGUCACUUUGUAUCAGCAUGUUUGUGUUCAUCUGUGUGCAUUCAUUGCUGCCUUGCAUCCGUCCCUGUUUCCUGAACUGGAUGCUGCUCUAAUGAAUGCCGUGCUUAGUGCAAACAUGAUCGCAUCUUUGUUAGCGAUGGAUGCUUGGUGCUUCCUUGCUCGCUAUGGGACUGCUGAACUGUGUGCGCAUCAUGUCACCUUAGUGGCUCAUCUGAUAAAAUCUUGCCCUGGAGAGUGUUACCAGCUCAUCAACCUAUCCAUACUGUUUAAGCGUCUCUUUUUCUUCAUGGCCCCAUGCCAUCAGGUGGAGUUUAUCCAGAAGUUUUCCCCAAAAGAAACAGAAAAUCUGCGUCUGUGGCAAUAUCUUUCCUUCCAGGCGUUGUCUGCAGAGCUUAGGAAGCAGACUGCGGAUGAGGUCGCCGCAGUGGGCAUCGCUCAGUGCAGGAAGUGGCUGAGCAGCAGCCACACCUUGGGAGAACUGGAAUCUCUGAACACAGCACUCUCUGCCUUGCUGGCUCUCUGUCACUCUGCCGGGGACGCCUUGGAUGAUCAACAGCAAAAUGAAAUGAUGGGAGCAGGGAGUCAGCUUUGGGCUUUUUUAACCACUAAGCAGGUAACAGGAAAGCCUUGUGUUCAACAGACGCUUGGUCUUCUACUUCCACUGUUAGGAUUUUUCAUUCAGUCUUUAGAGCCUCAGCUGAUCAGUCAGGUAUUAAGCUUGCAGACCUCACUCCUUAAAUGUGGAGCUCCAGACCACGUUCGUCUGACGAUGCUGGAUUUUGUAUCUGCUGUAGGAAAACUUUUCAUACCUCAAGCGAUCCAGGACAAAAUUCUGCCGAACCUGUCUUGUAUCUUUGCCGUACUGCUAGCUGAAAGGAAUUGGCUAAUAGAACAGCAUACCUUGGAGGCAUUCACUCAAUUUGCUGAGGGAACAAAUCAUGAAGACACAGUUCUACAGUGUCUCAGUUCUGAAGAAACGAAGAGCAAAGUUGUAUCCUUUCUGGAGAAGACUGGGUUUGUAGAUGAAACUGAAGUUGCCAAAACGGAACGUGUGAAACAGGAGAAAGCGCUUGUCUGGAAACACUUUGGGAAAGUGACUGUGGAGGACACAAAGUGGCCCCCCUCCCAGCCUCAUGCAAAGAGAGCCCGCCAGGAGCUGCCCUUGGAGGCGGAGUUCAGGUCAGCAGUGCUGGCCGCAGGAGGGGCCUUGCAGGCCACCGAGUCUCUGCUCCAGACGGCUCCGGCGCCCUCCUGGCUCAGGACGGAAAUAGAAGCCCUCCAGGAAAGGAUUGAAAAGCUCAAGCACAUGCUGUAGGGCAGCACACGAACAGGCUGGAUCACGAAAUCCCUCAGCAGGGUGGGUGGGAU